AUGGCCACUCACUCAGUUGUCACCGAUCCCGCCGAAAUCCGGACCGAAUCCCCUGAACAAUGGAGUGACUGGACACCCGUUCUAGGUGGCUGGAUGCGGCGAAGGCCGAGGGUUCCAGGCAUGAAUGGCCACUGGGGCAAGUGGUAUCUGAACCGAAGCCUUAACCGACGUUUCAAACAUAACCAACAUUUCAGGUUCGACCCGGUGUCAAACACAACGCAUAUGGAGACGGCCACAGAGGAGUUGCAGUUUCACUGGAAAGACUUGGACCCGGCCAGCGUCACGUCACGAGAUUGUGAUGCAGGGAGUGAUGAGAGAGAUUUUGAAGAAUUAAGAGCUGCUCUAUCUGAGCUCGAAUCGAAGCACAGCAACAUUGCGCCUAAUCAUGAACUCAAAGGUCAACUGCAUGGAGUUUCCUCCACCAUAACCUUGGAGAAAUCCAAAUUGGACUCCUUUGCCGCCUAUGUCGCUUCGACCCCCAACCACACCGUGGCAACGUCAAGCUCAGUUACUGAAACGGCGACCACAGUAGCCACAUGGAUCUUUGGCACAAUUAUGGCCGGGGUUGGUGUAGGGACCAUGCGUGCCACGCAAAAGACUGCCGAAGCGGGCACGAGGAGUGCUGUAGCUGGCGAGAGUUCAGCUCUCUCUAGUAGGAAAAGUGCCGCGGCGGCUGAAGAGUCAGCGCGAGCGGCUACAAAGAGUGCCCAAGCGGCUGAGAAUGGUGUUGCGGUUAUGCAAAAGCAACUCGAGGUCAUGAUUCAGGACAAGCGAGGACCUCCUCCUGCAACAAAUAGUAGCAUUGGUCCCCCCGCCGAUAACAGCGGCUCUGGGACAGGGUCUGUUAAGGCGAUAAGGUCGGAUGCAGAGAUAUCUGGAGAACAGCAAACAGCACGAAGCGUUUCGACAGCGACGCCUCCUGCUCCCGGAGCUAUGUUGGCCUCUGCACCAGUGGAUGCUCCGCAAGAGGGGGUAUCAACAGGAGGAUCCCCAGAACAGAUGGAUCCAGUCCAGACUCUAGAAGCGACUCAGAAUGCGGUUACGAGCGAAAGACGAGCAGUCCCCAUCAAUACGACUCCAUCAGCCAUGAUGACGACAGCCAACAUAUCUUUGCCCCAGGCUCCAACCUCGAAUCCCGGAGAGCUAUCUGUUAAGCGAAAUCCUCCGAAACAAGUAUCCAGGGUCAGAACCAACGGCAUAACACUCCCGAAAGAGACGAUUUGCCGGAAGGAGGGGUGUUUGAGGAAUAUUACAGUGGCUCAAGAUGAGCUACAAUUACGGAAACAAGAGAGAGAAAGGAUGAAUACUGCAUCUACGGACGAGCUCGGUCCGCAGACGCCAUAA